ACGGUGGUGGCGGUGGCGGAGGAAGUAUGUAUGGCGGGUCUUCUGGUGGCAGCAGUGGUGGUGGUGGAGGAUAUGGUGGAUCUUCAAGCGGCGGAAGCGGCGGAGGUUACGGUGGAUCCUCUGGUGGUGGAGGCGGCGGAGGAUACGGUGGAUCCUCUGGUGGUGGAGGCAGCGGAGGCGGCGGAGGAUACGGUGGAUCCUCUGGUGGUGGAGGCGGCGGAGGAUACGGUGGAUCCUCUGGUGGUGCAGGCAGCGGAAGCGGUGGAGGUUACGGUGGUUCCUCUGGUGGUGGAGGCGGCGGAGGAUACGGUGGAUCCUCUGGUGGUGGAAGCAGCGGAGGCGGCGGAGGCUAUAGUGGAUCCUCUGGUGGUGGAGGCGGCGGAGGCUACAGGGGAUCCUCUGGCGGUGGAGGCAGCGGAAGCGUCGGCGGAUACGGUGGAUCCUCUGGUGGUGGAGGCAGCGGAGGCGGCGGAGGCUACGGUGGAUCCUCUGGUGGUGGAGGCAGCGGAGGCGGCGGAGGCUACGGUGGAUCCUCUGGUGGUGGAGGCGGCGGUGGCUACAGCGGAUCCUCUGGUGGUGGAGGCAGCGGUAGCAGUAUGUAUGGUGGAGGCGGUGGUGGCAGUAUGUAUGGAAAGUAAAUAUUUCUACUACUCCACUGACGUACUCUUCUCUAACUUCCUACCUCUGGUAUUAACAGUGUGGACAUCGUCCUUCAUCGUAUUGUCAUCUACAUGUAUCAGCCAGAUGACGCAACACAUCAUCUCUUCAGUUCAUCAUUCUAUUACAUUAAACUAAUAUGAUGUUAGUUACUUUACUGCACAUUAUAAUCUAUGUAAUUUACUGUUUCUGUUACAAAAGUUUGACUUAUAUUUUUUUUAAAGUGUUAACCAUUAUUGUAACAAGUAAAUUGUUAAGUAAA